CAACCACAAACCUGUUAGAACAACAACAACACAAGACUUCUGCAAACUCGCAUCCAAGGGGACAGCAGGAUACACAGUUCUCUGUCAGCUUCUGUUUCUGAGUGAGCUGCAGCGAUAUGACCUCAAAUGAAGAGGGCAAAGAUCCUGAUAUUGAGCUCUUCGUCAAGGCUGGCAGUGAUGGAGAAAGUAUCGGGAACUGUCCAUUCUCCCAAAGGCUUUUUAUGAUCCUGUGGCUGAAGGGAGUCGUGUUCAAUGUCACCACUGUUGAUCUGAAAAGGAAACCAGCUGAUCUUCAUAAUCUGGCUCCUGGAACGCCUCCACCAUUUCUAACAUUCAACGGAGAGGUGCGGACAGAUGUCAACAAGAUCGAGGAGUUUCUAGAGGAGAUGCUCGCGCCUCCCAAGUAUCCUAAACUGGCGGCAAAGAACAAGGAGUCAAACACAGCGGGAAAUGACAUCUUCGCAAAGUUCUCCGCUUACAUCAAGAACACGAAGCCAGAAGCCAACGCAAGUCUGGAGAAGGGGCUGCUGAAGGUUUUGAAGAAACUGGACAGCUUCCUAAACUCCCCUCUGCCGGACGAGAUUGAUGCUGAAAGCACCGGGGAGGAGAAAAGCUCAAACCGCAAGUACUUGGACGGCAAUGAAUUAACGCUUGCUGACUGCAACCUCCUCCCGAAACUGCACGUCGUGAAGGUGGUGUCUAAGAAAUACCGUAACUUUGAGAUCCCGUCUGAUCUGAGUGGAGUGUGGAGAUACCUGCAGAACGCCUACAGCCGAGACGAGUUCACCAACACCUGCGCCGCAGACCGAGAGAUCGAACUGGCCUAUCAGGACGUGGCCAAGCGGCUCGGAAAAUAAACACACACUAAUCACAGACUGGAAUAAUACACAACAAACAUGCUGAGGGGGUCAACCCAUACAGGCUCUGUCCUGAAACACACACACAAACAAACACACACUGACCUGCUAGCUGUUCCCAUCAUGCUUGUGUGAGCUAUUGCCAUUAUGUUUACUAUAUAAGUGACAUAAACUCCUCUAUUAGUGUCGUUAUCUAUGACAGCCUAGAGAAAACACUGUGCCACUCUUUCUGUACUCCCUCAUGAAAUAAUACUAUAUUCAUUUAUAGUGGUUUUGAAUCAUACUAUAGUAAAGUGUAUUAUAUUAGUGUUUUACAACAGGGUUUUUGAAUGAAUGCUACUGCACUCUUGCAUAGUGAGCUGAUAAAGUUAUAAACACUGUAGUAAACAGUGUUGUAUUGUAGUAUAAUAUAGAAAUCAGCACUAUAUUUGGGUAAUUUGGCUACAGUUAUUGUAUAAUAGCAACUAUAGAAUAACUACAACAGAUUAAUUCAAGUACUUACUAUAGUAGUGUUCCAAAACAUGCUAGUAAUUACUAUAGUAUUUUUUCAUGUGUGCUGAUUUUGAGUUUUGGAUGAUUUUCUUCAUUUAAAGUGCAAUUUUUGAUCUCUAAACCUUUACAUUUUUGUGUAUUAUAUAAAUUAUUUUUGCUAGCUUGUGAAACAGUAAUAUAAAGCUUUAUUUUAUUGUAGAGUGUAACAUUUAACAUUGAUAUUUAUGAAAGGUAAUGUGUGUGUAAAUAUCUGAAGGAGGAAAAAAAAACAUUUCUUUGGAAUUAGUUUGAAGUAAUUGUAUUUUAGCACGCAGCCCCACCUAGUGGAGAAAUUAGCUAUUUAAAUUCGCCUCAAACAGCAGUUGGUAUGCACAAACUGGCACAAAAUGUCAACAUUUGAGAAUACCUUUUGUUAUUACAAUCCAAUGAAAGCCAUCGAGUUAGGCACACGUUUAGGUCUCAGGUAUUAUAUCUUGCCCUGUCUGGAGUUUUCAUAUAUUGAAGUGAACAAUAUCAGUUGUCUCUUAUUAAUAAAAAUAUAUUUUUCCACAAA